AGUUCUCGAAGUCAUAUCGAACGGAUUCACUUGUCCCUUUCGAAUCCCAAACCCUCGAUGUUUUCUUUAGCUCCCUGAAUCCUCUCUCACCCAAAUCCAAAACGAACGAAUGGCUCUCGCCCUCUUUCGCCUCUUCCUCACCCCGUUCCGGCGGACCAAUACCAAGUCCCGCCGCCCAAAUCUCCUAAACCCUAAACUCCCUAAGCUCUUCUCCUCGCCCAAAUCCCUAAUCACCCAUUCCAAAACCCUGGUUUCUUCGCUCUCCACCACAGGCAAAACCCUAAUUCUCACCGAAGACGAGCGCUUUGGGUCCGAGGACGCGGGCAGGAAUGAGGCGUCCCCAGGUUGGGGGACGAUCGCAGCGAUUGUUACCUCCAUGGGCGGUGGUUCGGCAGCCGUCGGCAUCGUCCGGCUGUCUGGUCCGACGGCGGUGGACGUCGCAGCAAAGGUGUUCCGGCCUGCGACGACGUCCAAGGAAGGGUCUCGUGUGGUUUCCUGGAGGCCUAGAAGCCACUUUGUGGAGUAUGGUUUCGUCUUGGACCGGAAGGGAAAUGUCAUUGACGAGGUCCUUGCAAUUCCUAUGUUGGCACCAAGAUCUUAUACCAGAGAAGAUGUGGUUGAGCUCCAGUGUCAUGGAACUGAUGUAUGCUUGAACCGAGUAUUAAGAGCCUGCCUAGAGGCUGGGGCAAGGCUUGCGGAACCUGGGGAGUUCACCCUUCGUGCUUUUCUUAAUGGACGCUUGGACCUAUCUCAGGCCGAAAAUGUUGGAAAAUUGAUAGCAGCAAAGUCUGUGGCUGCAGCAGAGUCUGCAUUGGCUGGUAUACAGGGAGGCUUCUCGUACCUGGUCAAAUCACUGAGAAAGAAGUGUAUCGAGCUGCUUACAGAAAUUGAGGCACGCUUAGACUUUGAUGAUGAAUUGCCACCUCUAGACCCUAAAGUUCUGGUAAAUCAGAUUGAUGAUAUGUGGAAUACUCUCCAACAAGCGAUGGAUACAGCUAACUAUGACAAACUUUUGCAGUCUGGUCUCCAGAUAGCAAUCAUUGGCCGGCCAAAUGUUGGGAAGUCAAGCUUGCUCAAUGCUUGGAGCAAAAGUGACAGAGCUAUAGUUACUGAUAUUGCUGGAACGACGAGAGAUGUUAUAGAAGCCAGUAUUACUGUUAAGGGUAUUCCUGUUACUCUUCUUGAUACCGCUGGCAUCAGAGAAACCGAUGAUCUUGUAGAAAAAAUUGGUGUAAAGAGAUCAGAAUCUGCUGCCCUGGCUGCAGAUGUGAUAAUUAUGGUGACAAGUGCGGUUGAUGGGUGGACUGAGGAUGAUAGGACACUUAUUGAACACAUUCGAAAGAAUCAGAACUCAGCAGGUUCUGCUGUGCCCAUGAUACUUGUUAUUAAUAAGAUAGAUUGUGCCCCAUGUGUUUCAAUGCAACAAUUUAAGAUGGGUACAACCUCCUUCGUGAAGCAUAUUCAAACAUGUGCUGUCAAUGGUAAAGGCAUUUCGGAACUGGAGAGGGCUGUGCUAGAGGUCAGAGGUUUUGACACAAUUCAAUUAGGAGGGUCCAGAUGGGCAGUUAAUCAGAGGCAAUUUGAGCAGCUGCUCAGAGCCCAAGAGUCUCUAUCCAGAUUGAAAUUAUCAAUAAGUGAGGAAUUGCCCAUGGAUUUUUGGACGAUAGACUUGAGGGAAGCGGCAUUGGCCCUUGGGGAAAUAAGUGGGGAGAACAUAUCUGAAGAAGUGUUAUCAAACAUAUUUGGCAAGUUUUGCAUUGGCAAGUGAUCCACUGGUGAGGUUGUAUUUGUUGCAUUUUUUCGGUAUAUGACUAUCUACAAUUUUGCCUUUCA